AUGAAAAUUUUAUGUAAAUAUAAAGUGGCUUUGAUAAAAAAUGCUAUAUUAGAAUUGAAGUAAAAAAUUAAUGAUUAUGUUUUUAGAACAAGGUUGAUAUUUUUAGGAGAGUUUUUCAACACUGUUUUCGAAACUAAUAAUUUGAAGAAGAAUGCUGAAGAUUUUUCAGAUAAAAACAGUAGGGGAACAUAUGUAAAGAGACAAUUAUCUGAAGAAUUAGAAAUCAUGAUUAUUUGUGGAUUACAAGAAAAUAGCUGUAGGUAAAAUUUUUAAUGGUGCUUUGCCAAUUAAUAAUGGAAAAAUAAUAGGUUAAUAUAUUCCAUUAGGAAUUAAUCAUUAUUUUGA